CGCUCGCUCUCGGACACUUAGUCAUGGCAAAUUUAGGUCCUACUGAUGCUAGUGCCGCCAAAAUCGAACCUGGCCUUGUUGAGGCUACUGUUGCAGCGCCGUCUCAGGGGAGAUUACUGUUUUCCGAAGAGUCAGGCGGCUGCGCUCCAGGAGACGCAGCAGAUGCUUCUGAUGAUUCUGGAAACAACGGUAAGCACUUUCCCGGACAAGAAGACACCCGCCCCGUCGUCGUCCAAGAACCUGGUGCAUAUGACACCGACUUGCCUAACAAACCGAAGAUGGGUGUCCCAGCAAUUAUAGAACAAACUACAGCCAAGAUACAAGAAGAAGAGCAGGUUCAGUGUUCGGAGAAAUGCGCGCUUAAGAAUCCAAUGAUUGACGACACUGCAUUUAUCCAGGUUUCCCUUCUCGGAAAUGGGAAAUGUGAUGGUGACGGUAAUGGUACCGAGAGGAAUAGGAAGCCGGAAGAAACCAAGGAGAUAAAGGAGAAGAAGCCUAAACGAAGAGGAGGAAGGGCUAGGAAAAACAAGGACUUUUUGAACUUUACCCCCAAUGAAAAGAAUGAGAAGAGACUGCAGUAUUCAAGAAAGGAGAUGGAGGCUCUGAGGUUUCAGGAGUUGGAAGAUCAGAAGAAGAAGUGGGUUGAGGUGUAUUGCGGUCUCGGUCAGCAGGUGGCUCAGGAGUAUGAUGGACUGGCCGAAUUGGCUAACAUUCAUCAGAAGCAUGGUGUGCCGAGCUUUGACUUUGAUCCUCGGCCCCAGUUCCUGAAAUCAGCUAAUUUGGGUGAAGACUGCCUGAAGUUUGCUGAUAACCAAGCUGAAAAUUUGAAUACAUCAGAUCCUGCCUCCUCUCCUCCUUAUAUUGAUGAAAUUGACUGCUCGGUUGUGGAAGGAGAGUGCAGCCAAGAUGAUGAUAGUGAUGAAGACUACAGUAGCAUUCAGAGGCCAGCCUUUUUGGUUAAAGGAGAACCUGAUUUUGAUUCUGGCCCUCCCCAAGAUGGACUUGAGUAUCUUAGGCGUGUAAGGUGGGAGGCUGCUAGAAUCCCCAAGGUAACAGUUGCUAAGGUUAAUAUAAUCAAAGAACAAAGUCCCUAUAUGCCUCAAGUUCCUGACAUCAUGAUGUGCCCGGAGCACUUAUUGCCGCUCAAACAGUGGGAGGACAGCUUUCUUGACGAUUUUUCAGAGCUGAGACUGGCUUUUAUGCGUAUUGAUCUUCAGGGUUCCGGUGAAGAAAAUUCAAUCAAAUUGCAAUCUGUUCAAGUAGAAGAUAUUUUGGUUCAGAUGCUUGAAAGUGCUAGCUUUGAGAAAUUUGAUAUAACAUCUAAAGAUGAUUCCAGCUCCUCCGAAGCUUCCUGCAAAUUGGAGGCAAAUGAUACCAAAGUUGAUCCACAUUCUUCUCAAAAACACAGUAUCAUAAGUGAUCCACCUACCCUCUCUAUGAUUUCGAAAAUGGAUUCUGCUGCUCGAAUUUCAAUGCUAAAAAGACGAAUAAGCUCCAUAGAGAAAAUGAACAGAUUACCUCUCAAUGAUAGUUUAUGGUUGUUUGCACUUUGUGCUGCAGUGGAUUGCCCCCUUGAUGCCGACACAAGUGCAGCCCUUAGGUCUCUACUCCGAAAGUGUGCAAGCUUGCGAGCUGCAAAAACAGAAGUAGACGACGAAGUUAUUAUUCUAAACAUUCUUGUGACUAUAUCAGGGAAAUACUUUGGACAGUUAGAGAAGUAACUAGGAUAAGGUUUCCACCUGAGGCUUCCAAGUUGGAUCAAAUUUCAUGCAUUACUGGUACAAUUAGCAUGUAGAAGAUGCAUUUCUGAGCUGUCCCAUUUUCCCCUCUUUUUCUUCCCUAUCAUUUGCUACAGCUUUUCUCCUUUCUCAAGUAUUCAUAAGAAAACCCCACAUCGUGAGCUUUGUCCA